AAGCCGCUUGGCGAGCGGAGAGGCCGGUGGGGGAGGAGCGGGCCGGGGGGAACGUGGGUUGAACGUUGCACGGUGUGGUGUGGACCCAAGCUGGAACAGGAGUUCGGACCGACCCGGUGUGAAGAAGGAGCGUGCACGCGGCAGGGUUCAUUGAAAAAUCCUUAGUGAUAUUGACAUGUUUCAAGUGACAUAAAUUAGCCAAUGACUCGGAAUGAUGGAUUCCCCGAAGAUUGGAAAUGGUUUGCCAGUGAUUGGACCAGGGACUGAUAUAGGGAUAUCUUCACUCCACAUGGUGGGGUAUUUGGGAAAAAAUUAUGAUUCAGCUAAAGUCCCGUCAGAUGGGUAUUGUCCUGCUUGUAGAGAGAAGGGAAAGUUAAAAGCCUUAAAGACUUACCGAAUUAGUUUUCAAGAAUCUGUCUUUUUGUGUGAGGAUCUGCAGUGCAUCUACCCUUUGGGCUCUAAAUCACUUAAUAACUUAAUUUCCCCUGAUUUGGAAGAUUAUCAUACUCCAAAUAAGUCUCAAAAAAGAAAGUUCUUGGAAACCAGCUAUAAAGAUUCACCUCUUUUAGCAAAUGCCAAAAAGACUAAAAAUCACACUGUUACUGACGGUGAGCAAGGUUUGAACAGCAAACGCGAUGGAGAAACGUAUGGUGAAACCUCGUCAAGCUUACCUGAUUCACCACACAGUGGACCACAGCACCCAGACAGGACAGUUGGUUCCUUGGAACAGAAUGAGAGUUUGGAGGCUGAUGUUAUUGACAUGGCUGCUGAAGAAGCUCCUACUACAGUUGAUGUUUCUGGAACUGGAGGGAUUUCCCCUCACAAUGAAGGAUGCACAUCUGAACUGGAAGUGCUGUUGGAGAGCAAAUGUACGUCACCUUGCCAGUCUUCCUACGUCCAAUGGAAAAAUGCUAAUGCUCUCUGUUGGUUAGACUGUAUUCUGUCAGCACUGGUGCACUUGGAAGGGUUAAAGAACACUGUGACUGACCUGUGUUCUGAUGAGGAAUCUGUGUUCUGGCGGUUGUUUACGAAGUAUAAUCAAGCAAGCAAGCUUCUGCACACCAGUCAAUUGGAAGGAGUUAAAGAUGGAGAUUGUAAAAAGCUUCCUUCAGAAGUAUUUGCAAAGAUAGAGACCUGUCUGAAUGAAGUCAGAGAUGAAAUUUUCAUUAGGCUUCAGCCUCAGCUUAGAUGCACAUUAGGUGAUAUGGAAAGCCCAGUGUUUGCACUUCCCCUGCUCUUAAAAAUGGAACCCCUCAUUGAAAAGCUUUUCGUGUAUUCUUUCUCUUGGAAUUUUGAAUGCUCACAGUGUGGGCACAAGUACCAAAGCAGAUACAUGAAGAAUCUGGUCACCUUUACAAAUGUCAUCCCUGAGUGGCACCCACUUAAUGCUGCCCAUUUUGGUCCAUGUAACAAUUGCAGGAAUAAGUCACAGAUAAGAAAAAUGGUAUUGGAAAAAGUAUCUCCCAUAUUCAUGUUGCACUUUGUGGAAGGCUUGCCACGAAAUGACUUGCAGCGCUAUUCAUUCCAUUUUGAAGGCUGUCUUUAUCAAAUAACUUCUGUAAUUCAGUACCAAGCAAAUAAUCAUUUUAUAACAUGGAUUUUAGAUGCUGACGGAACUUGGCUGGAAUGUGAUGACCUAAAAGGCCUAUGUUCUGAAAGGCGUGAGAAAUUUGAAGUUCUUGCUUCAGAGAUCCAUAUUGUUAUUUGGGAAAGAAGAACAUCUGAGAUGACAGAUAAAACAUCUGCCUGCCUUCCACUUAAAAAGACUAGUGAUGAGCAUGCUUUUGGUGAUGAGGAACAAGCCUCUCCAGCGUGGUGUUCUGUGGGUGAUGCUGCCUCCGCCGAGCUGUCCUCAGGAACUCUCCCCACCAGUGUGUCAUUUGCUCCUAAUACUCUUUCGCAGGGUCAGGCUGUAGCUCACGGACAUCAUUUGCUUUCCGGUCCAGAAGGUUUGGGGGACGACAAUAUUUUAUCUUUGACACUUGAAGAAAUACAGGUUAACUCUGAAAGUUUCCCGUUUGAAAAUAAACCUGUGGCAGAGAAUGCAGGAGUUGGCAAAACAAAGGCUUUGCAAUCACAAGAGUCACUACUGGCUUCUUUAGUAUCCGCUCCAUGUGUUGGAAACCUGACUCAAGACCAAUUCAUGGAUUUAAAGCUUCCGUCUCAAACUGUAAAUGCAAGCGUGCGAUUUGCAGCGCCGAAUGCCGAAGACACGGGGAUUGCUGCACCUGUGAAUAAUAUCCCCGCUACUGAUCCUGUACACGGUGGGCAGCAGGAAGUUGAGGGCACAGUGGCCCACGAGAAGGACACUCCAUUGACACGGUUUCCUUCACCAAAGACUGAGAAAUUAAAACCCGAACAACAGGUUACAUCUCAGAUAUCUAAUUUGAAGAAAAACGAAACGGCAGCAUUUUCUCAACCUGUAACAGCAAAGCCACUGCAGAAUCCAUCUCUGAAAGACACUCCGAAGAAACCAUUUGUAGGAAGUUGGGUUAAAGGCUUACUAAGCAAAGGUGCUUCUUUUAUGCCACCUUGUGUUUCGGCUCGUAAUAGGAACACUGUAACUGAUUUGCAGCCUUCGGUUAAGGGGGCAAGUAAUUUUGGUGGCUUUAAAACUAAAGGUGUGAACCAAAAGGCUACCCGGGCAUCCAGGAAAGCUAAUAGGUGUGCAAGGAAGCCUCCUACGGUUAGCACCCCGCCACCAAGUCAUCCACUGCCUGGUGGCACGACUUCUCAUGUUCAUGCUAAUGUUACUGCUGAUUCAGAUGUUCUGAAGAAAUGUGAAAACGCCCCCUACGGAGCUCACCGCAGUCACAGUUCCUGUGUCAAAGAACAUGGUGUUUCUUCUGCAAACCAUGGAGACUCAGUUGAGGGUCAGAUUCAUAAACUUCGUCUCAAACUUCUUAAAAAACUUAAGGCAAAGAAGAAGAAAUUAGCUGCUCUUAUGUCUUCCCCCCAAAACGGAGCGCUUCCAAGUGAAAAUUUAGAACAUGUGUCCCAUUGUGGGUCUCCAAACGAUUGUGACUCGAUAGAAGACUUGUUAAAAGAACUACAGUAUCAGAUCGAUACCGCUGAGAAUAAAUCUGGAUGCACCGCGGUUCCAUACAGUGGUCAGAGUCAUGAAGAAAUUUUGGCAGAACUGUUGUCUCCUACAGCUGUUGUCUCAACAGAGCACUCAGCAAAUGGGGAGGCUGAUUUCAGGUAUUUAGAAAUGGGAGAUGACCACGUCGCAGCACCAGUGCCUACUGAGUUAGAUGACAUUCCCCAAAAUACACACCUGAGACAGGACCAUAAUUACUGUAGCCCCACCAAGAAGAAUCCGUGUGAAGUUCAGCCAGACUCACUGACAAAUAAUGCCUGCGUUAGGACAUUGAACUUGGAAAGUUCCAUGAAGACUGAUAUUUUUGAUGAGUUUUUUUCCACUUCGACAUUAAAUUCUUUAGCAAAUGACACAUUAGACUUACCUCAUUUUGAUGAAUAUCUGUUUGAGAGUUGUUGAUUGCAUGCUAUCUUCUUUUAGUUUAAUAUUUAUUAUGGCUCUUGGAAAACUUAAUAUGUUGUUAACUAGUAUUUAUACACUGGCCUUGUCAUGAACAAAAUGUAAGCUACGCGAGGUUUUACCUUUGGUUCUACCCACAAAGCAUGUAAUCUGUUUUACAAAUUAAAAUGAUCAGGAAUUGGU